CUGCCGGCAGUCUCGUACCACAUCUCCAUUCGUAUCCGUUUCCCGGUUAAAAACUGACAAUCACCCUACAUCGCAUGACAGACAACCGAGGUAAUCAACAAUCGCGUGUGUGUGCAACCCUCAUAAUCACAAAUGCCAGUUAUUUAUUUGCGUUAGAGUACGAAUGUAAUUGCAAUAAUUUCGCGAGUGGUGUGUUCGCCCGACAGAUAAGUUCACUCUCGUCGGUCGAUAAAAUUCAACGAAAAGUGACGGAUAAAGGGUGGGUGUCUGGGGGUGGAGUGGUGGUGAAUGUUUGGGGGUUGAAGUCACGUUAGACGCACGUGGAUUUUGUGGUGUGAAUAAACAAUUGGAGGAAAUUAAAAUGCGACGAAAUGUGAAAAUUGUUCUUCUCCUGUCUUGCGCGUGGAUGUUCGUCUGUGUUUACUAUUAUCACACAUCGCGAGAUAGCAAGAAUGAGAAUCGAGCACUCAGACUGAAAGAAUCAGCUCUAGGACUAUCGAGUGGAAGUUCAGGUUAUGCUGAACCAGAUGGUACAGCCAUGGCAAUGUCCUCGGAGCUUCUACCUGUACCCACCCCAGACCCCAGGGUGACAUGGAACUACUUCGAUGAACAAGGAUAUGUCUCCAGGGGUGGACUGAGAGCUGGUGAAGACCCUUAUGCCAGGAAUAAAUUCAAUCAGGAGGCGUCAGACGGUCUGCCGAGCAAUCGGGAUAUACCAGACACUCGAAGUGCAAUGUGCAGAUUAAAACAGUGGAGACGAGACUUGCCCCCUACAUCUGUCAUAAUUACAUUUCAUAAUGAAGCUAGAUCGACUCUUCUGCGUACAGUCGUCAGUGUCUUGAAUAGAAGCCCUGAGCACCUGAUCAAAGAGAUUAUUCUCGUUGAUGACUUUAGCGAUCAUCCUGAGGAUGGUGAGGAGCUGUCGAGAAUUCACAAAGUCCGAGUGAUAAGGAAUGAGAAACGAGAGGGUCUGAUGAGAUCACGAGUUCGCGGUGCAGAUGCAGCAACAGCCAGUGUUUUGACAUUUCUGGAUUCCCAUUGCGAGUGCAAUGCCGACUGGUUGGAGCCCUUGCUGGAGAGAGUUGCUGAGGAUCCAAGUCGUGUCGUCUGUCCUGUCAUCGAUGUCAUCAGUAUGGAUACCUUUCAAUAUAUAGGUGCUUCUGCAGACCUCAGAGGGGGCUUCGACUGGAGUCUAGUGUUCAAGUGGGAGUACUUGAGUCAACUUGAGAGGCAGUCGAGACAGAAGGAUCCAACCCAAGCCAUAAGGACACCUAUGAUAGCUGGGGGUCUGUUCGUUAUUAAUAAAGAAUAUUUUGAAAGACUUGGCAAAUAUGACACACAGAUGGACGUGUGGGGAGGAGAAAAUCUUGAAAUAUCAUUUCGAGUUUGGCAGUGCGGGGGAAGCUUAGAAAUAAUCCCUUGCUCACGUGUUGGUCAUGUUUUCCGAAAACGUCAUCCAUACUCAUUCCCUGGGGGAAGUGGAAAUGUCUUUGCGAGAAAUACACGACGUGCUGCUGAAGUCUGGAUGGAUGACUACAAACAUUUUUACUACAACGCUGUACCUCUGGCUCGCAAUAUUCCUUACGGAAAUAUUCAAGACAGAUUGGAAUUGAAACGAAAAUUAGGUUGCAAGCCAUUCAGUUGGUAUUUGAAGAAUGUUUAUCCAGAAUUGGUGAUACCCACCAGCGAAGGGGGUCCAGGUGGUGCUCUGAAACAAGGUAGUACUUGUCUGGACAGUAUGGGUCAUUUACUGGAUGGAAACGUAGGACUCUAUCCGUGUCAUGACACUGGUGGUAAUCAGGAGUGGAGCUUGACAAAGGACGGUUUAAUCAAACAUCACGACCUGUGCUUGACUCUCCCAAUGUAUGCAAAAGGCACGACACUUCUCAUGCAGAUAUGCGAUGGAAGUGAGAAUCAGAAAUGGCGACAUCUCGAGGGCGGCUUAAUUCGUCACUCCAGGAUCCCAGUUUGCAUGGACUCAAGAUUCCAUGCACAGCGAGGCAUAACUGCUGAGAAAUGUGACUCCAGCGCUGAAUCCCAGCGGUGGCACCUCUACAAUCAUGGACAUUAGUCGCUUCUGUGGAGUUAGCAAUUUUUUAUUUGAGCGAUGAUUAUUUCUUAAGCUUCAUUCAUCCGCAUUACGAGUGUUUCUCAUUCUGUGGGGAGAAGAAUUGACAGGGGACAUUCGUAAUUGCACCUAAAGCUCACGAUUGCACACGGAAUAUUUCCAAUAUCUUCACUUGAUGUGGUGAUGGGAAUUAUUAUCCUCUGGGAAUCGAGACUUUUUAUUAAUUGAUUCAUUAAUAAAUGAUUGACGAGGGAAUUUGAUGAAAGAGUUCAGGAUCUCGAUUGAGUAUCGUUGAGCGAUGAUUUAGUGCCUGUGGCACUGUGUGCUGGUGACAGGCGUGGGAUAGUGCGAGUAUUGAGAUUCAAUGUGAAAUUACUUUUAGCUGAUUAAACAAUUAGCUCAUGAGGUGAGUGAGUCCCUAUUUCCAUGUGGUGACCGCUGGUUCGUCUGUUCAUUAGAUGGAUGGUUAAUUUUUUUCUGGGAACUGCGAUUAUGGAACGUCGGGAGAUAUUUAUAGGUCAGUUGACUAAUGUUUUUGUAUGACGCAUUUUCCCUUCACUUUUUAGAGAAAUCAUUUCGAGAUUUUGAGACUUUUUCCAGCAGAUGUACUUAUGGCCAGAAUAUGCAUUCAAGUGAUGAUUAUUUUUCAUGAUUUUUCGUCAUGUUUUUGAGACUCUAUCGAUUGGAUAGAAAAUAGUUAAUUUGAAAAGUGGUAAAAGUGUUCAGUUAGAUUGGAUGAAAAACAACAAUUGCAUAUUAACGGAGGUGACCGGAGUCAUUCACCCGGGAUAAAAUAUCCCGGACAAAAUCCCCUAAAAAAAAUCCCCCGGGAAAUCUCCCAAAAACAAAAUUAUUGCGCUUUUUCGUCUUUUUGAGUCGUAUAAUCAUCCGGGCGCAAUAUGUCUGUGAAAAGGUUUAUUUCGUCAUUACAGUAGCUGUUGUUUUUUUUUGUGGAUCGUACUUCAUGUGGAUGAGGAACUACGUAUUCUAUUUACGCUAGGAGAGCUCGCGUUGAGGUUUUUUUUUUACUUCUGAUUUAGUUGAUCCGUUUGUUUGCUUACUGUAUUAUUUGUUGUGGUUUGACUUUUGAACUGGGGAUUAUUCGAGAUUGACUAUUCAAGAUUACUCGACGAGAAAGAGACAGAAAGAGAGAUUGAAUAUUUGCGUUGAGGAAUUGGUUCAGUGGUCGGCGAAAUGCAGUCGUUAGUCCGUCGUUCAACGUAUAAUUUUAUGGAUUUGUUUUUUAUCUUUAUUUUUGGGAGAUUUCGGCCGGGAGAUUCUUUCUUAGGGGAUUUUUUAUGAACUCCUAGAACCAUUUAUGAAAAGAUGAAAUGUCUUAAACACUUUCACCAAUUUUCUCCGAAGAAAAUAAAAUCGUACUCUUCCUUUAGAAUUCUCCUAGUCUUCUUGUUAAUGUUUGUAAAUAAUACCGCGAAUUUUGCGUGAAUGUCUGCGGCGACGAAAUAUCCGAAACAAAAAUCAAACGAAAAAAUUCUUCCAUUUUUGUCAAUAAUUUAACAAAAGUUUUUAUCUCGCAAUUUUACAAUGCAUAUUUUUGUCUUCACAAAUAAUUAAGAUGAAAAUGUCUUCAAUUUGUAAAACUGUCGCGCAACCGUUACGCAGAGAUUUAUU